ACUUCCCAUUGCUUUCCUUCGGACGUCGUAUUGGAGCGCAUCGGCUUCGGGAGGAGCGAAGGCAGGCGACGGCAACGGCGGGGAAAUGAAGAAGAGCGCGUCGGAGCUGGUGCUGGAGGCGUUCCUGCGGCCGGAUGGAGGCGAUGGCGGAGAGCGGAACCCCCCUCGGCCUCCCCCUUCGUCCUUGGAGGAGUUACUCCUCCCCGGAGCUCUAGAUUUCGGAUUCGUCGAUCGGGUUGGUGUAAGUGGCCAUUCGACUGGUGGUGGGCGGCAGCUACUGAGCAGAGAGAGCCAGGCGUGGUCUCUGACGCCCAGGCACUCUAACAUCUCGGUGAACAUGGAUACCCAAUCCUCUAUCUGUGAUGGGACACCAACUUCAUCUCAUAAGCUUUUGGCAAAAGCAAAUCAAACUCUUGGGGGAACGAGCGGGUCUGAGCAAUCAGAUGAGGAGUCCCUAGAAAUUGAAGGUGGGCCUUGUGAACAAAGCACAGAUGCUAUAGACAUCAAACGCUUGCGAAGGGAAGGACAAUCUCGUCUCUUAUUCAUGAAGAAGGGCAUCAACCAACCUGUAUUCAUCCAUGAGGGGGUCACAAGAAGGAUGGUGUCCAAUCGGGAAUCUGCUAGGCGGUCAAGAAAGAGAAAGCAAGCCCAUCUAGCUGAUCUCGAGUCGCAGGUUGACCUACUUCGAGGGGAAAAUGAAUCUCUAUUCAAGCAACUAACAGAUGCCAAUCAGGAAUUCACUGAAGCUGUCACAAAUAAUCGGGUUCUCAAGUCAAAUGUGGAAGCACUGAGAAUUAAAGUGAAGAUGGCAGAAGAUUUGGUCACCAGAGGUAGUUUAGCUUGCAGUCUAGAUCAUCUCCUCCAAAGCAGUGUUGGGUCACCACAGUUCCUAAACCCUCAACUGCCAUGUGAGGAAUCAUCAGAUUUCCUCCCCACCAUCGAAUUCCAAGGAGAUGACUCGAGUUACAUUGGCAUCCCAACUGAUGGACGAGCUCAGAACGUAGGAAUGGAGACUGGUAAUGCCAAAACUGCAGCACUCAGGUCUGGGUUGAGCAAUGCAAGCAUAGGCAGCCUACAUAAUAGAAUUCCUAGUGAAGUGGCAAGCUGUGUGACUGACAUCUGGGCGUGCGAUUCCAACACAGGCACAAUGCUCAAGUAGCAUCCUAAUCUUCCAUGUACCACUGUUGAGGACUUUACAUUAUUUUGGUUUGUUUGUUUGUCUUAUGGACUUUUAAGGAAUGGUGAGGAUUUAGGUUUGAUCAGUUAAGUUUCAAUCAAAUUCAAAAAAAAAAUCAACUUUUGAUCAA